AUGUCUUCAUCUUCCAUUACGGACUUUAUAAACUUCAUCAACGAGUACGAGAUCCCAACUCACGCAGUCGUUGCCCUCAUCAUAUACAAUAAUACUGACUUCGUCAUAUCUAGGAUGGAGGAAGCCUACGGGGUGCACCGCACCCGUCGCCAGCAGACCAAUGCCGAGAACGACGUCGCAUCGCAGCUGAAGGCCGAGAUUGAUGAGCAGCGUCGGCGUGUGGAAGCAGCUAGUGUUCACCUAAACUCUGCUGCAUCCGCCUACGACGAGCAGAUGAGGGCUCUAAUCAAUAAGGUGGAGAGACUGGACGAGUUGGAUCCGGCUUUCGCCUUGAACGUGGACUCAGUCAAUGAAACCAUUGUUAGAGACCGGAACACCAUGAAGGACAUGUUCUGGAAGCUGGCCGGCUUUGCUGGCCUGAAGAGAAUCAAUCGAAGGUCCCACGGGAAGGAUAAUGGGGAGGGCGAGGGAUUCGUUAUGAUACCCAACAACAUCCCUAAGUGA